CCCCCCUGCUGUCUGUGCGUGUGGUCGGGCUCGUGCAGCAGCAGCGGCGGCGGCGGGAUGAGCGGCGGACGCGCGCGGGGAAGAUGAUCUGAACGGCCGCAUUUACCGAUCCGGCCCGCGCGAGGAGACGCGCCGCUCGCUGUCCCGGUGAAGAGGUCAUCUGAAGAGCGUUCGGGUCAGCGCUGCACUUGAAGAAUGAGCUUCACUAGAACUCUCUUGCACUGGAAUGGACUGUGGCAAAGAUGUGUGUUGCCAUGGUAAUUAUUCACACUAAAACACUGGAAAAGAAGGCCGUCGAUGAUGUAACAUCCAAAGAGUCUCUGCAGCUGCAUGAGCCACCAACCAUGAGCCAGGCCCUCUUCUCCUGCGGAAUCAUGGAGUCCGGACGGUGGCCGGAGGUGUGUGGCGUCCAGCAGCGGCCCAUGGGCUCCAGCCUGGAGAGCCUGUGGGACAGCGUGCGCGAGACGGGUGCCACGGGAAGCAUCAGCGGUUUGCUGCGUGAUCUGAGUCUGAGCGAAGCGCCCUCUCCUGGCAGCGCCGCCCCGCCCAGCAAACGCCAGUGCCGCUCGCUCUCCUGCUCCGACGAGCUGGGCUGUCGCUCAUCGUGGCGGCCGCAGGGCUCGCGCGUGUGGACGGCCGUGGAGAAGCGCCGCUGCCACAGCGGGGGAAGUGUUCAUCGCGGAGCCUUCGCUCCGUCCGGGUUUCCCGCCAUGCAGCGCAGCUCCAGCUUCAGUCUGCCGACACGCACCGAACCCUUCGGCCACGGCUUCUCUUUCUCCGCGUCCCCGCAGACGCCGCAGCCUCUCUACCUCUCGCACGAACAGAUCUGCCCGACUGAGCCCAGCUCGCCCGAAUCAACACCCGAGCUGGAGCGCCGCAGCAGUCAGGGCGGACUGGCCCGCAGCCGAUCGCAACCCUGCGUCCACAACGACAAGAAGAUCGGCGUGAAGCGGAGGAGACCGUCGGACUCUCACAAACAGAGGCCUUCAUUGGACCUGCUCAAGAUGACACAGAAGCUGCAGGACUUUCACAGUCUCAGCUGUCCAGGAUUCACCGGCGAUGACCAAACGCUUCCAUCCAGCAACCUGACGCUCCACGACGAAGGCGACAUCACAUCUGACCGGACUCAGUGCGGCACCAAAGAGGACGCCGUCAUCCACCAAUCCGAGGGCAGCUGGCCGGGAGCAAAGGAGCGCGAGUGUCUGUGGGCGGGGCUGUGCAGCCGGAGGGGGCGGGACGUAUUCCAACUGGGUGGAGAACUGGACAUCGAGCAGAUUGAGAGAAACUGAGAUGAUCCCAGCAUUAGCGGACAGGACGCUCCUGUUGGAUUAUUAUGGGAUGAACGCUUCAGUAAGUGCACGCGAGGCACACGUAAUCGACUCAGGGUGAAGGACGUCACGAACGUGAUCCGACAACAUGAGAACACGCACACACACACACACACACACACACACACACACACACACACACACACACACACGUUUAGAUUAGCAGGCGUUUCACACGAGAAACACUCGCGCUCUGACGUUCAUACGCAUCUCACACACACACAAACACACACACACACACACACACACACAUUAAAGGGCUUCAGAUGUGUAACAGUAGUAAUAUCAGGUAAUUGAGUUCCUCACUGGUGAAAAAAGCUAUUAGAACUAUUUUUGUCUUUUUUACAUUGAGUAACUACAGAAGUAAAUGUACUUAUUUCUCUAUGAAUAAACAGCAUUUUAAUGCGUUUGUAAGA